GUCUUAUUCUAUUUAAUUAGCUUAAUCCAAUUUGAUAAGAUUUGUAGAAAAAUGAAGCUCACAAUUGUUUUCCUUACCCUUUCUAUGAUUGCCUCACUGGGGUUAGCAUCCGAUCCUAGUCCCUUGCAGGAUUUCUGCGUUGCAGACAACUACAGCAAAGUGUUUGUGAAUGGCAAAGUUUGCAAAGACCCGAUGUUGGCGACAGCAAAUGACUUCUUCUAUGACGGACUCAACAAGCCUGGCAACACAAGCAAUCCUUUGGGUUCCAUGGUCACCCCAGUGAAUGUAAUGCAAAUUCCUGGGCUCAACACUCUCGGUAUCUCCUUGGCACGUAUAGACUUCGCUCCUGGUGGCCAAAACCCUCCCCACACCCACCCACGUGGCACCGAGAUCCUCACAGUCUUAGAAGGGACCCUCUAUGUCGGCUUCGUGACCAGCAAUCCUGAAAACCGUUUGAUUAGCAAGACACUGAAAAAGGGAGAUGUGUUUGUAUUUCCUGAGGGCCUCAUUCACUUUCAGCAAAAUGUGGGGUAUGGCAAUACUGUUGCCAUUGCAGGUUUGAGCAGCCAGAAUCCAGGGGUGAUUACCAUAGCUAACGCUGUGUUUGGAGCCGACCCUCCUAUCUCUGAUGUUGUCCUUGCAAAGGCCUUCCAAAUUGAUAAAAAACUGGUUGAUAAACUCCAGGCUAGCUUCUGGAUGGAUACUAACUAAAACAUCAACGUCAAGGGGCCCUCAUUACUAUAUGAUAGAUAUUGCCCAUGGGAAUGAAUAUAUUGAAUAUAGGGGUAUCUUUCAUUUGCACCUUCUUUUAAAUUUUUGAUUUCCUGUGGAGUGUGGAUUAUAAUAUUAUAAUAAAAUUGGUCCAUGGAAUAAAGUAUUUCA